UCAAAUGACGUUUCUCAGAAGAGUUCACAAAAACGUGAAAACUGUUUUUUCGCGUCGUGCGGGUUUUAAUUUCGUGGAAAAAUCAAGAUAAAAGUUUAACAAAACCGGAAAAAACAGUGCUUCCAAUGAAACGAGCCUACCCGAAGGAUCCGGUUCCGGGUUCUGGUGCGGAAUCGGCGGAAAACAAUGGGUCGACCACCACUUUUCGACAGCCAGCCAGUGCUCAGCUCAUCAAUCGACAGCGACAGGGACUGCCAAUUUUCCACGUCCGGAACAAGAUUGUCGAACAGGUGAAGGAAUCACAAACCUUGAUUUUAAUGGGCGAAACCGGGUCUGGAAAAAGUACCCAGGUUCCGCAGUACUUGUACGAGGCCGGAAUUCACGGCGGAAAGAAGAUUGCCAUAACGCAACCCAGGCGAGUGGCCGCCAUCACGGUGGCGAGACGGGUGGCUCAGGAGCAAGGAUCGAUCAUCGGCGAUGUCGUAGGCUAUUCGGUGCGAUUCGAAGAUGUCACAUCGGAGAACACCCAAAUUAAGUUCAUGACAGACGGAACGUUGCUGCGGGAAGCCUUGUCGGAUCAACUGCUGAAGAGCUACAACGUGAUUAUUCUGGAUGAAGCGCACGAACGGACGAUAGCCACGGACGUGCUGUUUGGCAUUGUUAAGAAGGCCCAGAAAACACGCCGGACGAUGAUGGAUCCGCUAAAAGUGAUUGUGAUGUCGGCCACCAUGAACAUGGAUCACUUCAAACAGUACUUCAAUUCAUGCCCGGCGCUGUAUCUGAAGGGAAGCAAUCACAUUGUGAGGGUUUAUCAGGCGAUGGACAAUGUUGAUUACUUGGAAGCUUGUAUAACAACGAUCUUUCAAAUCCACGAGAAGGAACAGGAGAGUGGCGAUGUUUUGGUGUUCCUUACCGGGCAAGAGGAGAUCGAAUCGGCUACAACCUUGGUUCGGAGGUUGGCCAAACAGCAAUUGCAGAUUUCUUCUGGUAAUGCUACCAUGCGAAUGACAGUCUAUCCCAUGUACGCCGCUAUGUCUCAACACGCACAGAUGGAUGCCUUCUUGCCAGCGCCACCGAACACAAGAAAGGUCAUCCUUGCCACCAAUAUCGCGGAAACGUCACUCACUAUUACCGGCAUAAAACACGUCAUCGAUUGCGGUAAGGCGAAGCAACGGAUAUACGAUCCAGUCACGGGAAUAGACACCCUCAAGGUUUCCUGGAUAUCGAAAGCUCAGGCAUGGCAGAGGACGGGUCGAGCAGGUCGUCUGGAAAACGGUGUAUGCUAUCGGACCUACUCCAAAAAGGAUUUUGAAGCCAUGGAUGAUUACAGCUCACCGGAGAUUUUGCGGUGCAGUAUUGCCGCUUCUACCCUCCAAUUGUUGGCACUGGGCAUCGACUGCAGGGAGUUCGACUUUCUGGACAAACCACCCGCGGUAGCCAUAGAAAGCGCGUUGGAAGAACUUUCAGCGCUGGAUGCGAUUAUUGGUAACAACACACCUGUCCUGACUCAACUAGGAAGGAAAAUGGCCAAACUUCCUUUGGAUCCCAAGUACGCCAAAAUCGUCCUGAGUGCUCCAGAUUUUGGCUGUUUUGACGAAAUACUCACCAUCGUAGCAAUGCUAUCCGGUGAAAAUGUGUUCCUCAAUAAAAGUCAACAACGAGACAAGCAACUAACCGCCCAUUCCAAGUUCCACGCCAAAUGCGGCGAUCACAUUACCCUCCUCAAUGUGUUCAACGAGUUCAAAUCCAAAAGCAAACCGAAACAGUGGUGCUAUGAAAAUUUUCUCAUGGAACGUCAUCUGACACACGCGGCCUCGGUACGGACACAGCUGUUUGACAUAUGCAGCAUGAUGGGAAUCAAGCCAAGUUCGUGCGGUAAUGACCCCAUUCCAGUGGUGAAAUGCCUUCUCAAGGGCCUGUAUCAGAACAUCGCCGAGCUGCAACGGGACAACUCUUACCUCUGCCUGGGAAAUCGAACCGUAGCACGCAUCCAUCCGUCCAGUGUCCUCUGCGGUCGAGCUAGGCCCGGCUACGUGCUGUUCACCGAAUUGGUGGCAACAGGGAAUCGAUACCUCCGAACGGUGAGCGAAAUCGAACCGGAAUGGAUCGGAGAGGUGGUACCGCAGUGUCCGUUUCUGGAUCGUAUCUCUUGUGGGGCAGGACCGGGGCGAGCCAGUACAAGCAGCUACUCCAUGGGAUCCAGCGCAAUGAAGACGAUCUGAAGGAUACAAACGAAUGUGAUACACAGGAUAAGAAGAAAUAUGUGUUCUGAAUAAAUUGGAACGGAUCGUAUUCGAAUAUGCUAGAGUAAAUUUGAAUAGGUCUCAUAAAAUGUAGAUAUGGCACUGUCAGAUACAUUAAAGUGUUAUUAAAACAAUGUUUUAGUCAGAAAAAUAA